UUCAAACGUUGAGCUGUUUGUUCGAAGACAGUGACUAAGAAGUCUUCUUUACAUUUCUUAGAGUAAUAUUUAUUUCAUUUAAAACAAAAAAUAAUAAAAUAGGAAUAAUUAAUUAUACAUAUAAAUUACUUAAAAGAAAAAUGAGCGAAAAAAUAGAAAAUUCUCGAGCAAUUAUUACUGGAGGUGCUCAAGGAAUUGGUUUUCAAAUUAGUCGACAUCUAUUAAUGAAUGAAGCUAAAACCAUUGCUAUUCUCGAUAUUAAUGAAUCAGCAGGUGUUGAAUCAAUGAAAAAACUGAAUGAUGAAUUUGGAGAAGGUCGAUCAUUAUUUUUUGUGACAGAUGUAUCAAAUGCAGAUCAAUUUAAAGAAAAUUUUCACAAAGCUGUUGAAGAGCUUGGAGGACUAGAAAUUGUAAUAAACAAUGCUGGAAUAUUAGACUAUAAAAGAUGGGAAUCAAUGCUUGACAUAAAUAUAAAAGGAGUAAUUAAUGGAACGAUGCUAGGAUUUGAUCACAUGGGUAAACACAAAGGUGGAAAAGGUGGAACUAUCAUCAACAUGGGCUCUAUUGCACCAAUUAUGAAAGACAGUUUCUCGCCAAUUUAUUCUGCCAGCAAAGCUGCUAUUAUGACAUACAGUCGUAUUAUGGGGACAUUUUAUGAUAAGUCUGGAGUGGCAAUAAAAGUGAUGUGUCCUGGACGAACAGAAUCAAAUUUGAUAACAUUUUGUCCUGAUCAAUUUCUGGAUUAUCUGGUCAAACCAGAUGACGCAGCUGAAAUAAUCAAGAGCUUACCUGCAUUGAAACCAGAAGAUGUUGCACUUGAAGUCAUGGCAUUGAUCAAAGAUCCUUCAACCAGCACAACAUGGGUGAAAAUUGCAGAAGUACCUACAUCAAGACUAUACUUUUUGGAUUUUCCUGACAAUUUAAUUCCACAUGAAUCUCAAGAUGACUAG